UAAAAACAUGGUUGAGCACGGGGGUAUCCGCGUGGUUCACCGAGGUGGCAGUAAAAUAAACUCCAGGGAGCCUGUCGUGACCCAUGAUUCAAGGUUCCUGUUGUGUGCCUCAGGAGAGAGCGUGAAGGUGUUCAGCACCUCCACAGAGGAGUGUGUGCACGAGCUGCGGGGACACACAGACCUGGUGACAGGUGUGCUGAUCAGACCCUCCAACCACCUGCAGGUCUACUCUUGCUCAGCAGAUGGCACUGUCAGAUUGUGGGACUUCACAGAUGGCAUCCUUAUUAAGACGUAUGUCAUCGGAUACCCAAUUUACUCCAUCCACGCAUCUGCAUACCAUGAAGGAGUCAUUUUUAUCGUUACUCCCAUGCAAGGUGAUAAAAGAUCUGAGUUGUUCCAGCUGGUUGCGGUGCAUCUUCCGCAGAGCGGAGAUCAGCUGGUGGAGGCCCGAGAGCUUUCUGCUGUGAUGAGCGACGUCAGCUCCAACCCGGCAGCCAUCGCCUUUGGCAGAAGGGGAGAAUAUAUUGUUUCAACUAAAGGUUUGCAACUGGAGGUGUACUUUUUCAAGAAGCAGAAGUCAAACAGAUUUUACCUCAAAGAAGACAACAAGAAGGGAGGCAAGAACACAUUCACGUGCGUCGCCUGUCACCCAAAAGAUGACUGCAUUGCCACGGGGCAUAAAGACGGCAAGAUCCGCCUGUGGAGAAACUUCAGCCAUAAGAAAGAGUACACAUACUCCAUCCUGCACUGGCACCACAGUGCUGUCAGCUCACUGUGCUUCACCCCAGAAGGUACCAACCUGUUGAGUGGAGGCAUAGAGUCAGUGCUGGUCCAGUGGCGAUACAACCAAGAGAGCCAGCGGGACUUCCUGCCCCGCCUGGGAUCUGCCAUCACACACAUCACUGUCUCCCCUGAUGGAGCACUGUUCUGUACCUCACACAGUGACAACAAGAUUAUGAUCAUCCAGAGUUGUGUUAAAGUGUCGGCUGUCAUUCAGGGUCUGGUCAAAGGAGAAAGUGUCAGGACAGACUUGAUGGUGGACCCACGCAGCAAAUCCCUGGUGCUGAACGGGAAACCAGGCCACCUGCAGUUCUACUCCCUCCAAAGAGACAAACUGCUGUAUAAUCUGGACAUAGUGCAGCAGGAGUACAUUCAUGAGUCGGGCCUGGAGCAGUUUGAGGUGGUCAAGCUGGCUUUUGACGCCUGCGGCGACUGGCUGGCAACAGUGGAAGAAAGAAAACAGAAAGUCACUGAGCUGGAGCUUAACUUGAAACUUUGGGCAUUUGAUACACAAACACAGAGUUUUGUGCUGAACACGACCAUCUCGGCCCCCCACGAGGCACAGAUUACAGCCAUGUGCUUCUGCCACGCCACUGACAGCCAGACCACCAUGCUGAUCUCCACCAGCAAGGACGGACACUUCAAAGCCUGGCAGCUGGUUGCGCCGGCCCACACAGAGGAUGAAGGUCCUUCCUGGUCGUGUGAUUUCGUCGGAGCCUAUCACAGCCUGGUGCCUGAGUGCUGCUGUUUCUCACCCGAUGGUUCGCUGCUGGCCGUCAGCUUUCAGGAGGUGGUGACUGUGUGGAGCCCGGCGUCCUGGGAGCUCCUGACAACUCUGUCGCAGCCGCCAAAAGCUGUCAGGGAUCUUUGUUUUGGUCGACUAAGUUGUUCCAAGUAUCUGCUGGGGACCACCGCCAACAACCUGCUCUGCUGCUGGAACCUCCUCACCUGCUCAUUGGAGUGGAGCACCUCAAUGGACGUCAGCCUGCUGCUGGCUGACCCCCUCUCUGAAAACAUGGCCGCCUUCUGCUGUCAGGCUGGAAGCACUGACUUGUUUGUGUUUAAGCCCAGCGAGCCUCGGCCAAUAUUUUCCCAUAAGGCCGUGUGCUUGGGGAAGGUGACACGCGCUGUCUUUGCCCCGAGGGAGGAGAUGCUGGAGAGCUGUGAGGAGAGCAGCCAGUGGCUCAACCACUCCCAGCUCUACUUCCUCACUCACUACAUGGAUCUCAUGACAUUCACCACCAAGGCGGAGGAGGACAGACUGAUGGCGUCCAGCAAACAGCUUGUAAUCGAUGACAGUGUCGCCAUGACACCGUUCCACCUGUUGCUGGGGAAACACAGGCAACAGGAAAAUGAAGAUGCACUGAGCAGCCUGUCUGCUGAGAGAACAGCUCUGCCACAGGGCUCUGCUGCUGUCAGAGAGCUUCUGCACACCCCGGCCCACGUCCUACCCUCCACCUCUUUCCUCUGCUCAAUGUUUGUACAGUCUCUGCUCAUCUCCGUCACAGACACCAGAGAGGAAAAUAAACAUGCAGAGGAGGAAAUGGAGAGCGAGAAAGAGGAAGAGGAUUCAGAUGGUGAAAUGGAAUUCAGCGCUCGGGGAGCAGAGCAGACGUCUCUGGGAGGCCUGGCAGCAGCCGAAGCAGAGUCUGAAACUCCCGCUCUGACAAAAGCCCAGGUUAGAGAGCUGCGGAGGGUGAAGAAACUCGACCACAGCUGGUUCGCAGGCCUCCUGCACUCCUGAACAUGACUCAGUACAAAGACACUCACACAGAUACAGUGCCUAUAGAACGUUUUCAGUGUUAUCUUGUUUUGUUUCAUACGUCUAAAUUGUAAUGGAUUUCUUUUGGAAGAAAAAAAAUCAAAGUGUAAAUAAAUCUCUAAGCGGUUACAAAACAGAAAAUAUUUGAUUGCAUAAAGAUCCACUCCCUUGGCAGCAAUAUCAGCCUUGAGUCAAUGUGGUUUGUAUCAGUUUACACAUUUGACAAAUAAAAAAAAUCCUGAUUUUUCUUUUAA